AUGUCAUCAGCACCACUGCUACAGAAGACCCCCGGCAAAAAGAUCGCGCUUCCAACAAGGGUUGAGCCAAAAGUUUUCUUCGCGAAUGAACGUACGUUUCUGUCCUGGUUGAACUUCACCGUCAUGCUAGGUGGUUUGGGUAUUGGUCUGCUGAACUUUGGUGACAAAGUCGGCAAGAUCAGCGCUGGAUUAUUCACUUUUGUUGCGAUGGGAACCAUGGUCUACGCCCUGGUUACCUACCACUGGAGAGCUUCCGCCAUAAGACGUAGAGGGUCAGGGCCGUACGACGACAGAUUGGGUCCUACAUUACUGUGUUUUUUCCUUUUAGUAGCAGUCGUGAUUAACUUCAUUCUGAGAUUGAAGUAUGGAGAAUAG